GUCGUGUAAUUGUGAGGUGUUGCUUAGGGAAUUGUUAUUGUAACGCAACAAAAUAACCAUCAGUAGGCUCAAUCGUGAAAAUAUUGGUUAAAUUUUUAUUUUGUACUUCAUGACAAUAAGUUUUUGAUUUUGUACAUUAUUUGGAUCUCAUUUGUUAGAAUGAUUAAAACAUUUAGUUUUAAACUGUAUUUUACACUUUUAGUUUUAUUGUCGUUUACGUCAUGUUUUCCAGAUCAAGGAAGGUGGAUUUUUGAUAUUGCACCACAGCAAACAGAUUUUUAUGCUGGUGUUGCCAAGUCUCUUUAUGAAGGUUCAAAAGUAUCUAUAAAAGUGACGUGCGAACCAACUACUGACGUAACAGAAGGAAUACAUUUCGAGAUAGGUUGGGUUUUACGUCAAACUCCUUGUUAUGAAGAGUACUUGGGGAUUGAUAUGCUUGAUAAUGGUCCUGAGACAAUUCUGAGUUAUUAUUACAAGCAUCCAGAUCUUACACUCAGUGAGUUUGGUUAUAAACCUCCACGAUACUUGGAUGUUAAAUACAAGAUUAUAUUUAACUGUACUGACACCAUAUAUCUCUUGAGUGUUCCAAGCAAGUUUCGUUCCCCUGCGGCAUUAAAUCACACCAGUGUUCUUGGUUCAACCGAGAAUGUUAAAGGAAAACAAAUGAUCUCAACUGAAAAAAGCCCAGUUAGUGAGGCAGAUAAUACACUUACUCAGAAGAAGGAGAAACUUGACGAGACUCCUGAGCAAAACCGAAGGAAAAGAAAUGCUGGUGAUAUAAAACUCAGUGCAGAGGGAAAAUCAGAAGCUAAUAAGAAAUAUAAUCAGCCACAACCACCACCGGAGAAUAAGGAGAAAGAUCUUUCUGCUAGUCAAGAUAUUGCAAACAAACUUCCUGCAAAAUCUGGGAGUACAACUAUAACAAGUACCCAAGUUCCUGAUGAGAAAAGCCGUGGUCAGGUUCUGAAGUCUGCCUCUGACUCUUCCCAGAAUGUUCCAGCUCCUGAACCUCAGGACAAGAUUGCAUCACCAAAAACCCCAGACUACCUAGCUGCUGUUGAUCAAGAUGGUGUCUAUCUUCUAGUAGUCAACUUGAAGUCUGUGGGUGAAAAUAAGGAUUUCAGAACAACGGUUGACAUUAAGUUGAAAGGUGAUUACGGUUUCUUGUCUGCAAUUGACUGGCCUCUCUUACCUUUUUAUGGAGUUAUGUGUGGAGUGUAUGUGGUGUUUGCUGUUGCAUGGCUAGUUGUUUCUGCUCUUCAGUGGAGAGACCUUUUAAGAAUUCAGUUUUGGAUUAUGGGAGUUAUUUUUCUUGGUAUGAUAGAAAAGGCAAUAUUUUAUUCUGAGUACCAGUCCAUCAACUCUACUGGACAGUCAGUUAAAGGUGCUGUUCUGCUAGCCGAGUUGCUCUCUUGUGCCAAAAGGACGCUGGCACGGAUGUUGGUGAUCAUUGUUAGCCUUGGAUUUGGAAUUGUCAAGCCAAGACUUGGUCCAAUGCUCCAUCGUGUUGUUGGUGUAGGAGCAUUAUACUUUAUUCUUGGGACUGUUGAGGCAUGGCUACGCAUUUUUAAACCUAAAAGUGAUCCAAGUCAUCAAGUCUUAAUGGCUGGAAUCCCUCUUGCUGUGUUAGACAGUGCCAUCUGUUGGUGGAUCUUCAGCUGCUUGGUGCAGACAACCCGCACCCUUCGCCUUCGUCGAAACAUUGUGAAACUUUCUCUUUACAGACAUUUCACUAACACACUUAUUUUUGCUGUUCUAGCAUCCGUAGCUUUCAUGAUCUGGGCAAUUUACAACCACAAACUCACCACAUGUGUGGAAGAUUGGAAGGAACUCUGGGUAGAUGAAGCCUAUUGGCAUCUUCUGUUUUCUGUUGUUUUAUUGGUUAUUAUGAUUCUGUGGAGACCCACCAUUAAUAACCAAAGAUAUGCUUUCACUCCACUGUUAGAUGCUUUAGAUGAUGAUGAUGAUGAUGAAGAGCUUGAGAAGACAUUAACUAAUGAUGCAUUUGCAGGAACGAAGAUGAGAUCGACAAAAACCCAGAAUAGUGUUUCUCCCAAACAGAAGGAAGUUUCCAACAAUGCAGAUGAGGUCCUCAAAUGGGUGGAAGAAAACAUUCCAUCUUCUGUCUCUGACAGUGCUUUACCAACUUUCCUAGAUUCUGAUGAGGAAAUUAUGACAGCAAAGUUUGAAAGAAACAAGAUGGAAUGAUUCCGAGUUAAUCCUAUUUAUAUUCGAUAAAUGGAAUUCUGACUCUCUAAAGACAGAAACACUUAUCCGAAACCAGAAAGUUGUUUGAGUAUUUGAUAAACAUAAUCUACGAUUGAAACCGAAACUGGGGGAUUUUUGAAGUAUAGAUUCCAGAUGGAAAUGAGCUCUUACUAAUACACUAGAUUAUACGGCCAACAAAGUUUAGAUUUGGCUUGGACUUCAAAAUUGGAAUGAAUAUUUUGUGACAAGUUGCACUUUAUCUUAGUUACACUAACUCGAGAAGCCACUUCUUUCUUUUUCGAAGUAAUAAUUUUUCCAGUUUCAGUAAAAAGAACAAUGGUUUUUACUUACAUGUGUAUGCUCUAAAUUUAAAGAAAGUCUUUCCAUAUGUAUGCUAAGAUGUCGGAGAAGUUCUCUAUAUUCUAAACACAAAUCUGUUUAUUACAAAUUAUCUUGAAUUAAUAAAACUAAUAACCUUGUAGUUACUAGAUUGUUUUAUGCGUAUAUUAAAUUUUUUUUUUUAAUUUCUGACCAACAUAAGUACUUCAACAUACACACACACGUGUGUGUGUGUGUAUAUACAUAUAUAUAAGAUGUUGUAUAGAGUUUAAUCCUUGCUCCACAUAAUGAAACCUUUGGUUAAAAUAAAUGUUUUUUUGAAGCUCAGUUGUUAAAAUAUUUUUUGGUCAAACAAAAUUUUUUCUGAGAUAUUUAUGUGAGGUCUGUUACUUAAAGCAAAUUUUCAGUUUUAUUACAUUCUAAUAAGUAAAACAGUGGCUUGUAAAGUCUUUGAAAAAGAAAGAAAUUUCAACUUGCCGAGAGAUUCUUGUAAGCUAUCCAUGAAAACGUGAUACAGUUGUGGUUUGAGAUGAGAAUUAACGACUGGUGUACAAUAAAAAAAUCAAAUUUGUUUAUACCACAAAUAAUCUAUCAUAAAGAACUAUAGUACUUGGAUAUCAUAUGGUGUAAUCAUUUUCAAGCAUUAUAUCAUAGCUCUUAAGAAACUAAGACAUAUUAGUGGAAAGUAAUUAUUAAGUAAGAGAACAAGUUACUUUAUUGAGGCACUAAUAUACUGAUAAUAAGUAAGUUAACAUAGUUAUGGACUAAGAAAUAUGUACUGAAGUGUUAAAUAAGAAAAAUAAUUUUGAAUUAUGUAUUUAGUGAUAUUAUCUUUCUAACUUUAUGUGUUACUAGUUUUAAAAUUGAAGUAGGUAGGGUUUCACUCGUCACCCCGAUAUCUAUGCAGCUGUUUAAUAGAUUUUUUUCAUUAUUCAGUCUAUGCAGAAAACUUAAAACUUGUCAUCCUUUCUGUUACAUGAACUCAUCUAGUCAACUGGAAUUUUUUGGAGUUGAAAUUUGUGCAAGAAACGUUUUUUUUUUUUUUUAACUCGCUAUUAAUCGUUGCCAUGGAAGAGGUGAUGGUUGCAAAUUUUUUGGUUUUUCAAGUUAACUAACUCUUACAAUUAUAUUAUUGGUAGUUUCAGAGGUGAAUAAAAGACUUGGAUGACAAAUAAGAGCUUAGUGAUAUCACUUAAAUCUCAGUUUAUCUUGUUAUUAUUCCAGCAAAUUUACAUACAUUAUAAGUAGGGCUUUUGGUUAUAACCAAUAAAAUACCUUUGAUACAAGAUAAAAAAAUAUCCAUCUUUAACACUGAAAAAAGAUACUUGUUUCACAUUUACAUGACUUCACCCCCCAUACCAGUUAAGUUAGUUAUGCACUCUCUCUUUAUCCUCACCUGUAUCUAGCAUUAAUUUAUUCUGAAUACUUCAAACACACCUCAACUACUGAAGGGGUAGCAGAGGUUAAACUAACACAGAAGUAAUUCUUAUAAUAGGAAUUAAAGUAAACCUCGUGCUGAAAAUGUUGGCAAAAAGCUAAAAAAAAAUAAAACAAACAAACAGAAGCCCUAAUUAUAAUUAAAAAGCUUUGAGUUUGUGAUACAGGUUAGAAAGUGUACUCAUUAUCCCACAGAUCAAGACGUGGUUAUGAUAGUUCAGUGAAAAGGUUGUACAGAUGGAAAAGCAAAACAGUUCACUUUAUUUUUUAGUUUGAUAUUAUUGCUGCAUAUUUUACCUAGUCAAAUCCAUUUAUGGUGUUUAUUGUGGUUGAAAAAGAUGAAUCCUUUUGUAAAAAAUACCAACAAGGUAAAUGUAAGUUAGCUGGUAGUAAUCGAUCCAGAAAUGGUUUAUGUUAUGAGCAUAUAUAUAUUUUACUUUGGGUUUUACAGUUUACUGGAUCACUUACAGCUAAAGGAUCAUAAAAGCAUUACACUUUAUCAUUGGUUUUGGUGGUAGUUUUUUUUUUAAAAGAAAUUAAUGUUUAUUUAUUUCCAGUUUCAAAAUCUCUACUCCCAUAGGGCAGGAAAUGAAUAUCUAAGUGUACAUGUUUACGGUUUUACAAUACUUAUCGCCACAUGUUUGCAAUUCUAAACAUUAAUUAAACAGCUUUGUUUUACUAGUAUCGUAUCACUAGUUGGUCAGUGUGAAAGUUUUAAGUAUUCCUGGUUUGUGAUUACUUUUUUUGUUAAUUUAUCACCUAGUAGACUGAUUGGUGUGUUGGUUUUAAUUACUCUUCUGGUGAUUAAUUAAGUAUUUAAGCAAUAUUAACGUGUACUUGCUGGAUGAUCACUUUGGAAUUUUAUUAUAUUUUCAUUGAUUGGUCUACUCAUUCAGUUGUCUCUUUUUAGUGGUACAUUGCUACUGAUUGGUCAGUUUGAAAUUUAAACUGCUCUUGUUUGUUGUGUCAGCACUACUGAUUGGUCAGAUUUGAAUUUAUUAAUCAGCCCUACUUCAUUUUAAUGCUAAUACUUUAUGAACUCAUAAAUAGACUGUAAAACUGUAGUUUAUUUAUGUACUACUUCUACUCAUUGACAUGACUGUCGAGUAUUUCAGUAUCUCUAGUUUUUAUAUUAAUAUAGCCUUGUGAAGAAUAUUGUCUAAACCACACCAGUCAUUGUUUCACAUCAUUGAAUUUUACAUUGAAGGUUUGUUAGCAGUAAUUAAGAAUAAAGCUGACUUUAGUGUAAGUGGUCUGUGUGGUUGAGUAGAUUUUUUUUAUACAUGUAACAUUGUGUACAUUUAUUUCUAGUGGCAAAAAAAGUUUAAAUAGGGCACGAAAUAGGUUCAUAAGUUAUGAAAGUUCAACUUUAGUUUUUAACAUUGGAAAUCACAAGGCUGAAUAAAUCCACUGAAUAACGUGCUUUUAAUUCUGUGAUCUGGGACAGUUCUCAGGUUCCAAGAUAAAACCGGAGUUCAGAACUCUUCCUUAACAUAAAAACAUGAGUGGAAAGUGUGAAAUAUGAGCUGAAGGAAACAACUAAGAGUGUUACACUGAACAAGUUUUGUUGAAACACCAAAUAAGCAUGUUAGUGUCUUUCUUUUUAUUGUUCAAGUGAAAAUAAAAAUGAUUAAUGGA